GCUGGAUGGCGGAAGUAAACAGGAUCCACUUUAGACUAAAUCACUUCCCAAAUCAAAAGGGUAACCCGCAAAACGAAGUUUGAAAAUAACUUCCUUUAUACGAGUAUUAAAAAACGCAAAAUACAUACAAACGCCUCAGUCUGCACAAUGAAAGUUCUAUUACUCAAAGAGCCCAAAUAUGAUGAUUUAGCAUUAGAUCCAUAUGUUAAGGAGUUGUCGGCACAUGGAAUAGAUGCUGCAUUAAUCCCUGUGCUUAGCUUUGCCUUUGUGUCUCUUCCGAUGUUUUUUGAAAAGCUGUCCCAUCCUGAAAUGUAUGAUGGUCUAAUUUUCACCAGCCCAAGAGCCGUAGAAGCUGUUAAACUGUGCCUGGAAAAGUCUAGUAACAGAAAAGCUUGGGAACGCUCAUUAAGGGAGAAGUGGAAUUCUAAAUCAGUUUAUGUGGUUGGGAAAGCUACAGCUGCACUUGUUAAUGAAAUUGGUCUUCUUUCAGAGGGCGAAGAAACUGGAAAUGCUGAAAAUCUCUCUGAGUAUAUUUGUUCAAAGGAAACAACAUAUUCAGGACCAAUUCUUUUCCCAUGUGGGUCUCUAAAAAGAGAAGUUCUUCCUACAAAGCUUCGGGAAAAAAAUGUACCUCUGGAAGCUCUCGCUGUUUAUCAAACAACCCAUCAUCCCAAUAUACAGACAUCCUUGACAGAUUAUUUUGCCAAGCAAGGAAUUCCAGCAAGUAUUGUCUUCUUUAGUCCUUCGGGAGUUAAGUUUUGCCUUCAGUUUCUUCAGACACUAUCAGAGGAUCAAGUAAAUAAAAUAAAGUUUGCUGCCAUUGGACCUACAACAGCUGAAGCUUUGGAUGCAGAAGGUUUCCACGUUAGUUGCACUGCUAAAAAUCCUACACCUCAAGAUUUGGCGAUGGGAAUAAAAACAAUUGACAAGCAAUAAAAAUGCUAAUAGUGCACGUACCACAGCAUGAACGGAAUGUCAUUAAAUUCUAUUGAUUCACUGCGAGCAGAAGAAAAAUCUGUUGCCUUUACAAGUGUAAAUUAUGUGUCCUGAGUAAGGAAGUACUUAUUUUAAUGUAACUAGUGAUAUUAUGGAUGAUGAUUUUUUUCUUCAUUAAAACGUGAAACUAGAUAAUAA